AGACGGAAGGAAUAGUUUUCUCCAGCCGCGGACUCCGGCUGAGACUCCGACUCCACUGAGAGCGAACCACGCCCCGCGGGCAGGGGAAACAGUAAGCUCCCCCAACUGCCCAAACUCAUGUGAUGGAAGGAGGGAUGGACUGUGAAGAUGAGUUUUAGUAGGACACAAGUUGACAAGAUGAAGUUCGGAAAGAGCAUCUGUGUGCUCAAUGUAGGGGGAACCCGGUACGCCUUCACCCGUGAGGUGAUCAGGGAUUUCCCUCUUCGGCGCGUCAGCCGCUUGCAUGCUUGCGCAACAGAGAAAGAGGUCCUCGAAUUGUGCGACGACUACGACCGUGAUCGGAAUGAGUUUUUCUUCGACCGCCACGCUCAGGCUUUUGUGUUCAUUAUGCUGUAUGUGCGCUCCGGUAAACUCCGUUUUGUUCCCGGAGUUUGUGAGCUGUCUUUCUACACAGAGAUGCUCUACUGGGGUCUAGAGAGCGCGCACUUGGACUCCUGCUGCCAGAAACGCCUGGACGACAGGAUGUCCGACAUUGGACUGGACAGUCUGUCAGAAGGGGACAUUGUAAUGUCAGGGGAUGAGUCCCUGAGCCCAGACGAGCCAGUGCAACGGACUGCGCUUACCGGCCGCGCUAAAUGGCUCGAGAAGAUGCGCAAAACAUUUGAAGAGCCCAACUCUUCCCUCGCAGCGCAGCUUUUGGCUUCAGUAUCCGUAAUCUUUGUGAUCGUUUCUAUGAUAAUGCUGUGUGCAAGCACACUGCCGGAUUGGGAUACAGCCAAGAGAAAUACUGUGGAGGAGCACAGGAUAGUGGAGGCUGUGUGCAUUGGCUGGUUUACAGCAGAGUGCAUAGUGCGCUUUCUGGUGGCCAGAGACAAGUGGGACUUCAUCCGCCAUCCACUGAACAUCAUCGAUGUUAUUGCCAUUACCCCCUACUAUGUCACCAUGGCAAUGGCCCGUGCAGGGAUGCCGGGUGCCGGGCUCGGGGUUGCUGGAGUGAUACUGCGAGUGCUGAGGAUGAUGCGAGUGUUCUGGCUCAUGAAGCUUGCCAGACACUUCCUGGGCCUGCAGACUCUGGGGCUGACACUCAGGCGCUGCUACCGGGAGAUGGUCAUGCUGAUGGUGUUUGUCUGCGUUGCCAUGGCAAUAUAUAGCGCACUGGCACAGCUUUUGGAGCAUGGCUUGGACUUGGGGACGCAGAACCACGAUUACGCCAGCAUCCCUGCAGCUGCCUGGUGGGUCAUCAUCUCCAUGACAACAGUGGGGUACGGAGAUGUGUACCCAGUGACAGUUGGAGGACGGGUGCUCGGAGGAAUGUGUGUAGUGAGUGGCAUUGUUCUCCUGGCACUACCCAUCACAUUCAUCUACCACAGUUUUGUUCAGUGCUACCAUGAACUCAAACUCCGCUCUGCCAGAUACGCACGCAACCUGUCUGCAGAGAUAAUACGAUGAACAAGCAUUUAUUCCAAACAUCUACAGCCUAGAUGUGAAAGACACAAAAUAAAACCAGUAGAUCUGCUGAUCCCAUUGUGAAAUAACUUAUGAAUGGCCUCUGAUUCUGCUUGAGCAACACCUGAUUACUUUUAUGUCCUGUCUUCUUCGUGUCUGUUUUAUUGAUGAUCUUUAAUAAUUUUCUAUAAAGAGCAUGAGCUGGGACUGUCUCCUUCAGAACAUCAUGUGAACAUUACAUAGAUCAUUAUUUAUUAAGCACACACAGGCACGGUCAGUCCAGUUUUGACAGUGGUUGCUGUUUACACUGUAUUCCCAUGGUAACAGCUGUAGCAGAGACAGCUGGAUCGACAGCCGUGUGUAUUUGUUUGUGUGGCUGUCAGCCUUUCACUUUGUCUAAGAUUUACACCCAGAUGGAGAAAGUUACUCAAGAUUGAUGUGCGACCUAGAUGCUUUUUGGUAAACCCGCGAAAUAAACAGAAGGCGUGAACAAAGAGGGAUUGAAGAGAGGGACAUAGUAUGUUGGAGGAGCUUAAGUCAAGAAUAAUGAAAUAUGGACAUGGGUCAAGAGGGACUACAAAGUGGCAGACAAUGAAACAGAGACAGAUAUGACGGGGCAGAUGGAGUGUGAAAUGAAGGAUGAAAGGAUAUUGAACAAAAAUGACAGAAUGUGGACUAAGCCUGAGCACAAAGAAUGAAUAGAUGCGCCUGUAUUUGUGAGUGAAUGUAAGGCAUUUUGUGCUUCUGCGUCUCCAAGGCAACCCCUCCAACAUGCCAAUCAUAAUGGUGGUUGAUUUCUCUGCACACAAAAAGGCUACAUCCAUGCACACCUCCUGGCAAGUACACUGCGUGAUUCUCCUGGGAUCAUUUGGAAGAUCACAUCAUGAAAAUAUAUUAAAAUAAAUAAAUUAAAAUAGCUUUUAUGGAAAAAAUGACAACUGAGUAAGAAAAUUGAGCAGCAGAGGCUGUUCAAGAUGAUGUUCUGAUAUUUGUAAUUCACACAUGUUUGCAGUGUUUAUUCUUUGCCAAGAUGAUACGAUUUGUUGAAGAGACACAUGAUCCAAACAAACAAGUCAACACCUCUCCCACACAACAGUCUUUCUCUGCAUCUCCACUCCUCUUCCUCCAGCUCCCAUCAACCAAUUCUCUUUAUACACACACAUGCAUCAAGAUCCUGCUUCUUUUUUGUAAAAGGAAUGACAUUUCUGCUUAUUAUCCAUUUUGUCUUUGAACUUUAAGUCUACAAAUGUGUUUUCAGCUGUAUGAGUUAAGUGUUUUGUGGAAAUCUUAAUAUUCUUGUUGCUCUUGCUGUGCUUUUUAAGCCAUGUGACUGUCACGAAAUUAGUCACAAUAUUUUAUUAACUACCUUAUAAUAUAUAAAUCAUGUAGCAGCAGAUUUUGGUCAGGUUUGACUGAAACCAUCAAUCAAAGCUUUUUCAUCAUGACUUAUAAUUAAUGUGAUUAGUGUAUGAGCUUUUACAAUAAAAUGACAACGUGCAAAAUCUCUUUGGGUGUUUAAUAAUUUAUUAUUAAAGUAACUAUACUUUUAGCAUGGUUAAGUGUCAAACCACCAACACACAUGAAAUAUCUUUUAACUAAACUAUUAAAAAUUAUAAGCAGCACACCCUUUAACCACAAGACUUGAUCAAUGGGAAAGACAGUGUUUUGGUAGCUCAGGAUUCCUAAUUUAAAUGUCAUGAUGUAACAAGACACUAAGAAUAACCUGAAUGCCUGCUUCACUGAACAUAUUGAAUGUGAAGACUCUCUGAACCCUUUGGUAAGGACAUUUAGUGCACUCUUAAGAGUCACGCUGAGGUAAGCAUUAUACUACAGUCGGGUUCACAAAGUACAUCUAAUCAAAAAGUAGAGGAAACUAAAAUCCGAAUUAAAGUUUCUGCUGCAGUGCAUUAGGAAAGGUUAAAUCUAGUAUUACAUGUAUGACAAAACAUUUAGAUAGUUCUUUACACUUAGCUCUUGUGUUAUUAUGUAUGAGUAAAAAUUUCCUUUUUGGUUAUAAUACAAGUUGAAGCUAAAAUUCCUGUCUAAAAACUUUGAUUGGUCCCUCGUUCCUGCUGUAAAAAUGAUCAGGGCUCAGGAAGUGAUCGCUUUAAAGUUCCUGGUUCCUGGACAAAGUGUUAUUCAGCUUUUGAAAAAUGUGUGGGUUUCUUUUUCUAACAAGUCAAACUUUACUGCUACUUACUGUAGAUUAUCCAACUCACUUUUAUCUAAGAUUAAACCCCUUCUUUCUAAGAAAUGCAACCUAAUAUUCCAAAAUAUGUCAUCAUUAAUGCGUAAUUGAAUGAAAAUAUGUUUACUAUCUAAGAAUAAACCACUAUUCUCUAUCUAGGAACGGCACAGAUCAUUCCCCCAUCAUGUUCCAUUAUGUCUCUAUUCCAGUACAAAUGAAUAAUGGUAAUAAUGGUUUUAGGGAAAGGGCCUUUUAUGUUCCAUAUUUUAGGAAGAUCCAAUAUUUUCUCUUUGCAUGCUUGGAAAAUGAUGAGGAGGAAAUAUUUAGUUGGUUAACUCCAAAUAUUUUUAAUCUUUCACUCUGUUCUUUUAGACCCUGAUUGAAUUAAGAUAUUUUGUUUUCCCCUGUGAGGAAAAUUUAACGUUUUUGUAAACUAUUUUAGAACCUACGGUUUAUACAGUCAAGUCAGCAGCUCUCUGAUACAGUGAUUGUGCUUUGACUUAGCAGAUUUUCAUCUGAAGUGUUGAUAAAACACAGUAAUAACAGAUUGAUACCAAGCAUAAGAUUAACAUUAAAGUGCUUUGAGCACUUUGCGACUAGCAUGUUAAAUUCCUGGAGGGUACAUGAGACUGACAACGUCAGCUGGUCCCUGCACACAUCCUCCAUCUUAAGGAGCGCUGAUCUAAACCCAUUAAUUCUCAUGACUUUCUACAAAGGCACUAUAGAGAGUGUGUUAAUCAGGAGCAUCACUCUCUGGCACGAGAGCUGGUGCUCCUGGUUAGCACGGUUAGAGAAUGAUGAAGGCAUCUUAAAUGAUUAUUUCAAUUUCAAUAUAUUAAUGGAAGCCCCCUUGAGAUGUAGCAUCUCGUUUGCAAGGGGAACCAAUAAAACACAAAACACAGACAUGACAAUAUUUCACAUAUAAUACAACAAGCAUCCAAUACCACACUUUACAUAAUACAAAGACAAUACACAAUACAGCAUCUAACACUUAAUCAGGACAGUCAUUGAACAGUCUUACUCACAAAACCCUCUUCUCCAACCCCUAUUUUCAUUUCAACAAUAAUAGAAGUUUAGGUUUGAAUUAUUAUUAUUAAUAUUGAUUAUUGGGGUCUCACUGACAGCAGCUGGGGACUUGGCCCAACAACUCUGCAUGUCCAGAGCAAAACGAAUCAUCCAAGAUCCUAGCAUUACCCGUCACAAACUGUGGAGAACUAUUUAUCCAACCACCAUCAGACUGUUACCACUAAGCCAUCUUAACAUUCUAGUAUCUUGUGCAAAAUGCUGAGCAUAUCUCAGCAACAAAUAGUAUCUAUUUAUUCACUUAUACUUGUAUAAUUAGCAAAGCAGCCAACAAGCGCUAAUUAGUUUUAAUUGUUGCUUACUAUCACUUAUGCUUGACACUUUUCUUGUUAUACCAAGAUGCCUAUGCUUCUGUUUUAAUUGUGAAUAUGUGUGCACUGUAAUGUUGGUUUGCAAUUCAUCUUUGAUGUCAUUUCUCAAUGACAAUAAACGUAUUUAUUGUU